GUGUACUAACUGUACUAUUCACCCGAUUACCCGAACCGGAAGCUAAACUAAAUCUAUUGACUAACCAAGAUAGCAUACGACAUCAAUUGAAAAAGGGUAAUUCAGUCAAAGCACACUAUCUAUCUUUCUCUUUCUCUCUCAUCCAAGUAAAUGAUAUCAUAUCAUAGCCAUAAAAUCCGAAGACUCUUCUUCUUUCAUUUCCACUAUACUAAUCUCUUUAUCUUCUCAAACUCAACCAAACAAAACUUCCUCUGUCUCUUCGCCUAAACCCGUUUUAUUACCAUUUAAUAACAUGCUUUAACUCAGUCUCUUCUAUGCUAUCAUCGAUGAAAUACAGUACAAACUUAAUUACUGUAGCAUAAAUUAAUUAUUACAUAUUAAUACUCAUAAUUUAGGUUCUGUACAGUUAGUAGUAUUCGAUUCGAUCUGUGAAAUUGAAGUUGUAAAAUUAAGAUCGGAGAUCAGAUUUGGAUAGAUCAGAUAUGGGCGGAGGUGGACCACCGACGAUUAACACCAACGCGGAAGCGCAGUAUACGACGGCGAAGACUUCGGUAUGGUGGGAUAUAGAGAACUGUCAUGUUCCAAAAGGUUGCGAUCCACAUGCUAUUGCACAAAAUAUCAGUUCAGCUCUUGUUCGUAUGAACUAUUGUGGUCCCGUUUCCAUCUCCGCCUAUGGUGAUACCACUCGUAUUACCGCGUCUGUACAACACGCUCUUUCUAGCACCGGAAUUUCGCUCAAUCAUGUUCCCGCCGGUUUGAAAGAUGCAAGUGAUAAGAAGAUCCUUGUCGACAUGCUGUUUUGGGCAGUGGACAACCCUGCGCCUGCUAAUUAUUUAUUGAUUUCGGGUGAUCGAGAUUUCUCUAAUGCCCUCCAUCAACUGCGAAUGAGGAGGUAUAAUAUUCUUCUUGCGCAACCUCAAAAUGCAUCUGUACCCCUAGUUGCAGCUGCUAAGAGUGUAUGGCUUUGGACUAUUCUCUUAGCUGGAGGAGCUCCAUUAGAGUCACACCAACUGGGUAAUACUAGCGUCUUACAAUCUUCUGAAACUUUACAAAUUCCUGUCUCAAAUGCUGCUCAGACACAGCAACAGGGAGGUCCCUAUUCCGAUGUUCAUGCAGGAAAUUCAAAAUUCCAAAAUGGAGGAAGGGGAUUUGAUUCUAGAUAUCAGGGGCGACCAACUUGGAGAAACCCGAGUCAACAAAAUGGACCGAAAGCCAUGAAUCCACCCCCAGUUGGACCUCAAGAUAACCGUAAUAACGUAAACAAUUAUCGACCUGCCAACUAUAAUCCAAAUGUUCCUCCAAGCGGACCCGCCACAAAUUUUGUCCGCCCCAAUUCUGAUCAGUUAUGGAGCAAUAAUGGUAAUCAACAAGGAAAUCAUCAAAAUGGUAAUCAACAGGGAAAUCAUCAAAAUCCCUAUUCCCAGCCAUCAAGACCAAACGACUUUCCAUUGCAACCUCCUUUUGCACCUAGUAAUUCAUAUUCUCCAAAUUCCCAUGCUUUUGCAACUACACCGGUGCCACCUAGGACUAGUAGCCCCAAUUUCAGUACAGGACCGCCUACAACUGUGCCAGAUAUUGGUAAUCUGAACAUUUCUAGUUAUCCUAGUAAUGUUCAUAACCACCGUAUUGUUCCGCAACGGAGUGGAGAGACGAAACCGAAUCAUAAGAGUAGUGCUCCACUUCCGGUAAGAUCAACGAAUGAACAAAAUGGACAUAUGGUGCAUAGCAGUAGCACACAAGGCUAUCCACAUGGUCCAGAAUAUCAACCUACACCACCGGCAGCAAUGGGUAAUAAUAAGCCUCCUGCUAAUGGUAAGUGGGGAUCUUCAGGAAUUCCUAAACCUUCUGAAUACGUACAAGGUCUUAUAGGGGUUGUUUUACUUGCCCUGAACUCAUUAAAAAAUGCAAAGAUGGCGCCAACUGAGAAGAAUAUAACUGAUAGCAUCCGUUAUGGAGAUCCCAAGCAUCGCAACACUGAUGUUAAGAAGGCUCUGGAGAGUGCAAUUGAGCAGCAGAUGGUGGUGAAACAGACUUUAGGUUCUGUGACAUUGUACAUUGGUAAGAAUGAUAAACUUUGGAAGUGUGUAAAUCCUAUUAGUGGAAAUCCUAAACAGUACCCAAAUGAAAUUUGGGACGAAAUUCAAAUUUUUUUAACAACCCCUGCUGGAAGAUCUGCUAUUAUGGGUACACAGUGCAAGUAUGAAGCAGGUGUUGUGAUAAAGAACAUGUGCCUUAAAGAUGUUGCUUUGGGCGAAGUCCUUCAGAUAUUGAACAUGUUAAUUCAACAUAAAAAAUGGAUAGUUCAUCAGCAGGCUGGCUGGCAACCACUCAUCCUUACUCUUCCUGGGUCAAACUCCGAUUCAGGGGACACCGCUAGCACAUAGCAGCACCCUAAAUUAUGGUAAUGGAAACUUGAAAGGCAGCCGGAGAAAAGUCAUAAAAGUAGUCAAAUACAUCAUGAGCCAGUUAAACCAGUAAUUAUCCGAAUAAUUCUCGUUUUUUCCGAAUGAAUCAAACCAUAGUAAUGUGGAAACUAGUAUUCAAGUAUCAUAAGUAUUUUUGGUUAUUUCAAAGCCUUCAGUUCGUCUUGGGGGACAAAUGAAAACAGAAAAAUGAAAGCAGCAUUUUGACGAUACAUGAAACAUACCAGAUAUUACAGUUUGGUGUGGUUGCUGAGGUUUCUGCUAUGUCUCGUUAUACAUCACAGAUCUAUCUUGGAAUUAGUUUGCCUUCCUGCGUUUACGCUUCUGCUCAAUUUCAGUGUCCCUACAAAUUUAAAUUUUGCUUGGAGAUUUCCUUAUUAGACUGAAUUACUUGGAUCCUUUUACUGAUGAAUUUGAUACAUGUCCGAGAUAUUGGCCAAAUGUUUUUUUUUUUCUUUUCCCGAAGUUAAGAUGGACCUUCAAUUUAGCUUGGUAACCAACCUUGGUGCUGUCUGUUUAUCAUUUAAAAGUUAUCUACCAAGUCAGAUUCUCCCGGGUGGAUUGUGAAACGGAAGCCCUGAAUUUGUUCAAUUGAGGCUAUGUCUUCGAAGUUUCAAAUUUUGCAUGAAGGUUAAUUACUGAAAAGAGAACACUUAAAUUGCACAAAAUAGGAACUUCAUUCAAACUCAAGCAUGAAGUCCUUGAUUUGCUAUCUGAACACAAAUAUGAGGUAUGUUUAUUAUGAUGGAAUUUGAUUAUGAAAAAGUCACGUUAGAGUUUUCAAUAUGAUUCAAAGUUGGUGAAAUAGCGCACCCCAUUGCAUUUCUCGUUGCUGAUGGUGCCCAGACUUAUGACGUUGAAUUAUUUAACUGGAAUUAGCUUUUGGAUGUCUGGCUCAAUAUGCUGAAUUUGGUGAUUCAGUCGCGAAAUGGUCUCUGGUCUUUCUGCUUUCCAUUGCCUUUUAAUGUUGUUAAUUGCUUGUAUAAACCGUAUUUAAAUUUGCUUUGGAUUUAGACGAAAGUUGUUUAAUGCUAUUUAUUUGCCAUUUUUUUGUUGUACUCUUGGUUGGAACUAGAGAGUCGAUCAAUUCGUUUGAUCUGAUUCAUUAUCUAAACUUUGUUAUUACCAUUUUCGUUAAUUGCAAUCUAAAUUUCUCAA